AUGGCUGACUGGGGCGAUAUAGCUCAAACCAGUAGGGUAAAUGAUAAUUCCCAGGGUAAUGGCGGGAAUUUUAACCCGCAGAACAAAGUAUGUGACUUCUGCAAAUAUGUUGGUCAUACCAGGGACCAGUGCUUCAAGCUUAACCGUCCAAGUCGAGGGGAACGUGCAAGAUACAGAAAAAAGAAAAGACAAAAACGGACUGACGGCCAGAAGCUUCCGAAGAAAGAUGCUUAUCUUGAGAUGUGCAAGAUAAUUUUGGCGCCUGAAUCCUCACACGAAGAAUUACUGCACUAUACACGUGAUUCACCGCCUCAUGUCAGAGAGGUUCACCAGGAAAACCUUGAGGAGGAGUUUAAAGUAAUCAAUGGCAUAUUGGGCCAAUUUAACUUUGCAUCCGUGGAUACAGAGUUCCCUGGUUCUCCUUAUAGUCCUGGUGUGAAAACCGAGAACAAGUUAGAUGCUGCUUACUCUUCAUUGAAGAAAAAUGUGGAUGCACUUCACUUGAUUCAGCUAGGGGUCACAUUUUCUGAUAGACAUGCAAAAAUCUUGCUGCAGGUGAAGAUCAUGCCAAUGGUAACCCUGCAUCUUUAG